CCGCCCCGGGAUUUAAAGGGCCCGCUCGCCGCGCCGCUCUGGGAGCCGCUGCUGGUCCCGGCCUUGCGGCCUGCGGGGGAGGCUGCCCGGAGGAGGCAGCGGCGGCGGCAGCGCGUCCUCGGUCCCCAGGACCACGGCUUCUUUCCUGCCAGAGCGACUCUACCUUGGAAACCAGGGAUUCCCCUUCCCGUCGCCCGCCCCAUUUGAUAUAUGGGCCUGAAAUGUAUGCCAUCCCAUCACCAUCGGACUGGACUGUUCACAGCACUGGAGAGACAGAGGUCCUUCAUUCACUCCAGGUCACAGGCUGUGCGUGUGCAUGCCGAACACCCAUAUGCACACAGUUGGUGGCUCAGUCUGAUGUACCUGACUUCUCACGCCUUCCCCCAGUCCUCCAGUACCGUGCCUCUACAUGGGCUGGGCAGCCCCAAACUGAAAUGUGAGUGCCAGAGUGCAUCCUUUAAGCGAGGUCUGCCCCACGGACACCCGCUCCCUCUGUGUCCCUGCUUUGACAGAUCUAUCCAUCUGGCCAUCCAUCCGUGGGGGUCUGCAAUGGCCACCUUUAGCCGCCAGGAAUUUUUCCAGCAGCUACUGCGAGGCUGUCUCCUGCCUACUGCCCAGCAGGGCCUUGACCAGAUCUGGCUGCUCCUUGCCAUCUGCCUCGCCUGCCGCCUCCUCUGGAGGCUCGGGUUGCCAUCCUACCUGAAGCAUGCAAGCACCGUGGCAGGCGGGUUCUUCAGCCUCUACCACUUCUUCCAGCUGCACAUGGUUUGGGUCGUGCUGCUCAGCCUCCUGUGCUACCUCGUGCUGUUCCUCUGCCGACAUUCCUCCCAUCGAGGCGUCUUCCUAUCCGUCACCAUCCUCAUCUACCUACUCAUGGGUGAGAUGCACAUGGUAGACACCGUGACAUGGCACAAGAUGCGAGGGGCACAGAUGAUUGUGGCCAUGAAGGCAGUGUCUCUGGGCUUCGACCUGGACCGGGGCGAGGUGGGUACGGUGCCCUCGCCGGUGGAGUUCAUGGGCUACCUCUACUUCGUGGGCACCAUCGUCUUCGGGCCCUGGAUAUCCUUCCACAGCUACCUACAAGCUGUCCAAGGCCGCCCACUGAGCUGCCGAUGGCUGCAGAAGGUGGCCCGGAGCCUGGCACUGGCCCUGCUGUGCCUUGUGCUGUCCACUUGCGUGGGCCCCUACCUCUUCCCGUACUUCAUCCCCCUCGACGGUGACCGCCUCCUUCGCAAGUGGCUGCGAGCCUACGAGAGUGCUGUCUCCUUCCACUUCAGCAACUAUUUUGUGGGCUUUCUUUCCGAGGCCACGGCCACGUUGGCGGGGGCUGGCUUUACCGAGGAGAAGGAUCACCUGGAAUGGGACCUGACGGUGUCCAAGCCACUGAAUGUGGAGCUGCCUCGGUCAAUGGUGGAAGUUGUCACAAGCUGGAACCUGCCCAUGUCUUAUUGGCUAAAUAACUAUGUUUUCAAGAAUGCUCUCCGCCUGGGGACCUUCUCGGCUGUGCUGGUCACCUAUGCAGCCAGCGCCCUCCUACAUGGCUUCAGUUUCCACCUGGCUGCGGUCCUGCUGUCCCUGGCUUUUAUCACUUACGUGGAGCAUGUCCUCCGGAAGCGUCUGGCUCGGAUCCUCAGUGCCUGUGUCUUGUCAAAGCGGUGCCCGCCAGACUGUUCGCACCAGCAUCGCUUGGGCCUGGGGGUGCGAGCCUUAAACUUGCUCUUUGGAGCUCUGGCCAUCUUCCACCUGGCCUACCUGGGCUCCCUGUUUGAUGUCGAUGUGGACGACACCACAGAGGAGCAGGGCUACGGCAUGGCAUACACUGUCCACAAGUGGUCAGAGCUCAGCUGGGCCAGUCACUGGGUCACUUUUGGAUGCUGGAUCUUCUACCGUCUCAUAGGCUGAGGCACAUCUGUGGACCCUCAUAACCCUCUUAAGACCCCUCUCAGGGUGCCACUGAUGGGGAUGAGGGAAGGCCCUCUCUCUACUCCUUGACCCCCUCCAUCCUUGACCCCCAACACCUCAACACACACACACACACACAGACACACAAAAUCACACCAUUUUCAUGCCUGUCAAUCCCCACCCCACCACAAGGCAGGAAGGGGGUGGUCCCUGCUGGGGCCUAGAGGGGGAUGCUUGGGGAAACAGAGAGGGGGAGAUCCAGGGCCUCCCCGCCUUCCUUCUUCCUUUUUAUAUACAAUUUGUUAUUGUCAAAUAAAAGUAGGAAAUAUUCAA